AUGGCAAAAUUCACAUUCGACCCAGAUGGUGAUAUCCUCGUCACCUGUGGAAUCAAUACUUAUCGGGUAUCCGCUAAAGUACUUUCGGCAGCGUCACCUGUCUUUCUAGCCAUGUUCAAGCCCGGCUCCAAGGAGGGUUCUGCACUCAGGAAACAGGGGUCCUUGACUAUUGAUUUGCUCGAAGACGAUCCGGAGGUUUUUCGAAUCUUCUGUAAUGUCGCCUAUCAUAGAGCGAAUCGCCUACCGCGGAAUCCGAAUCCUGAUCUCCUCCGACGCUUAGCUGUGUUUAUUGACAAGUAUCGCUGCUGCGAAACAUUCGUCUUUCAUGGUCAGAUAUGGCUUCAACAACCCAUCAACAACCCCUCUGCCGAGGAGUUGUGGAUGCUCUUACAACUCGCUUAUGCGUUACGCCUUCCUGCACGCUUCUAUCAUAUUACUAGCGCGCUUGUCCAGAUUCGAUCGACAAGUUUUCAUGGCUGGGAUUUUGCAGUUGAUAAUCUGGGGCCCAUUCCUAUAGCUAUUCUUGUUGUUAUCUGUGCUAAUCGAGCUCUCGCUCAUCGCCUUUUAGAUAUUCUCGAUAUGAAGCAAGAACAACUGGCCUCCAGGACCGCCGACGCUAUCACGAACCUGCUUGGUGUUCUCAAAAUACCUUUUGGGUCUUACCCAUGUUCGACAUACAAAGACUUCAUCGCUCUCUACGUCGGAAACCUAAUGGACUAUGGAAUCAUGCCCGGUACAACUGAAUACCAGCGGAAGAGCUUUUGGGAGAUCUGGGAUAUAGCAGGUGGUACCACUCCAAUCGCGGACUUCAAUUCCAGCGUUCGUCACCCCUCACCUCUCACCUCACUCUCCAACCACCCAACCUCUGAUCGACCAUUUCCAGCACCCACCGAGAUGGCCGUCGAAGACUACGACAGCGACGGCGAUAUCUAUGCCAGGUGCGGUGAUCGCUCAUUUCACCUCUCUUCCAAGAAUCUGUCCAUGGCCUCGCCGGUAUUCAAAGCCAUGUUCCAGCCGCGAUUCAAGGAGGGCCUAGCGAUAAAGGAUCAUGGCCAUACCGAGCUCCCACUGCCAGACGAUGACCCCGAGGUCUUUAAGGUAUUCUGCGACAUUGUCUACGUCAAAUUUGACUUAGCCCCGAAAGAUCCAGACCCCGAGUUCCUGCGCCGCAUGUCAGUGUUCAUCGACAAAUAUAUGUGCCGCGAAGCCUUUAGUUACUACGGCAAGGUUUGGCUUCAGCAGCCGAUGGAUGGUCAUACGCCGGAAAUGCUUUGGAAGAUGCUUCAGUUCGCGUACGUUGUGGAUCUGGGUCCAGAAUUCUCCGCCAUCACGCGCCACAUGCUUUUGACGAAACCGAUGAAAUGCCUUGACUGGGAAUUCGCUGCUGAGGAGCUAGGUUUGAUUCCUGACGCCAUUCUAGAGAUACUCGGGACAAAGUCAAAAUUACUUACUUGGGAAGCGGAGACUGCUAUCACAUACAAACUGGACAAGUACUUUUCCGGGAUGAGCUCGAUUUGUGACAAAUGCAAGGCGUAUAUUGCGUCUUAUGUUAUUGAGCUGGCAAAUCGUGGUUUGUUGCCCGGCACAGCAUGCUUCAGGGAAAAAGACCUGCUGGAGUUGAUCCAUGUGGCGACUGACUUUCCUUCAUCCACGUACAAACGUAUCGACUGUAAUUCUCCAGUUGGUGAUUGUGGCAAAACUCUAGAUCAGACUGAACUGGCAAGUGGUCUGAGAGAUCGGCUAGUUCAGUGCCGUGAUCAAGAGCACGCUUUACGCAUCUCAGCUAGGUAUGGCAAUAAAAAUUGUAUGCCAACAAUGGCGAUGUCCACGACUCCUGCGGCGGAGGGACGACCUACCAGGUCUCGUCCAAGAUUCUCUCAAGCCUCCCCCGUCUUCAACGCAAUGUUCGAACCGCGAUUCAAGGAAGGAUUGACCAUCAGCAAGGAUGGACGCUGCGAGAUCGACCUCUCCGGAGACGACAACGAGGCUAGAACUUUAAAACUACAAUUCUUUUUUAAACCACCAUAA